AUGGAAAAAGCUUAUUGGCGAAGAAAACUGCCACCAGGUUUUCAGUUUUGGAUGGAAAAUUUGGGCAGAAGCGUUGUCUAUGCACAGCCAGACAAUAUAUACGAGCAUGCAGCAAAAUACUUGGAAGAAAAGCUGAUGGAGAGAAAUAUGGCUCUGGAGAGAUUGCCAAAGAACUCUUAUCUACAAAAACUCGCUCUAAAAAAGAAUGGAAGAAAAUCGGAAAACGACGCAGUAUCCAAAGAUGACGAAAAUGAGGCAAUUUUACGAGUGGAUGAUGCAAAAGCCGACAGUGCACAUACUUUUCAAGCGAAAACAUCAUUAAGGGAGCAAAAUGCCAAAUCUUUGGGUGCAAUUACUUCUAAAGACAUUCCAAGUUCAUCACAACUUCAAAGAACUGCUGGAGAUGAGAGUGGUAGGGAAACUCCCGUUGAAGUCUCAAACGCCGUCGCGAGAACUCUUCAAGUUGCUCAAGAACAAAGAGCAGACGAUACUGCAGUCAUGGAAGAGCAAGCGGAGACCGAGAGCCAGGAAGAUGCCCAUGCAAGUCACGAAAAAACUCUGCUGCUUGAAUCUAGCCAGGUAAAAGUUUCCGAUCAGGAUUUAACGAAUGGGAAAGGAAGCUCAGGUACAAACUCGGACGAUGCUCAAUCAGUGGCAUACUCAGAAGAAAAUCAAGAUUCAGGUAAAAAUGAUUUGAAAGAUGAAGAUAUAAAAAACAGCUUUAGUAAACGAGAUGAUGAAGUAGAAAAUAUUGUUGCUUCUGACACUAAAAGCACUGAGCAACGAAAGUCUGUAAGUAACACAGAGAAGCCUGCUGAUAUUACGGCAACCGAAAAAGAACCAUCAAUAUCUGAAGAGGAGUCUGUCGUUCCUCAGGAACCAAUGCCAGAUUCCAGUCCAGUUGUUCCUGCUGCUGAAUCUGGUCCAGUUGUUCCUGUUGUAAAAUCUGGUCCAGUUGUUCCUGUUGUUGAAUCUGGUCAAAUUGUUCCUGCUGCUAAAUCUGGUCCAGUUGUUCCUGUUGUUGAAUCUGGUCCAGUUGUUCCAGCUGUUAAAUCUGGUCCAGUUGUUCCUGUUGUUGAAUCUGGUCCAGUUGUUCCUGUUGUUGAAUCUGGUCCAGUUGUUCCUGUUGCUGAAUCUGGUCCAGUUGUUGAUGCCGGGCCAAUUGUGCCUUUUGUCGAGGGCGGCCCAGUUGUUCCAGUCGCUGAAUCUGGUCCAGUAGUUCCCGCUGAUGAAUCCGAUCCAGCCGCCAAAUCCGGUCCAGAAAUGUCCGUCGCUGAAUCUGAUCCAGAAGUUCCAGCUGCUGAAUCUGAUCCAGUAGUUCCAGAUGCUGUGUCUGAUCUAGUUGUUCCAGCAGUUGACAAGGCAGCUGAAUCUGUCCCAGUUGUGUCUGCAGACGAGUCUUUCAUCGGAGAAGAAGAAGUGGUUGUUGAGACCAAAACCAUAGCUGAACAGGAAUCCUCACAAACGGCAGAUACUGCAGACAAAGAGGAUAGCAACGAGGAGGAACAGACGGUGGAAGUAGGAGCAGUUAGCUGUAGCGUGGAAGCCAUCGUUACAACGGAGGAAGAGAGCCAGCAAAAUUGUGAGGCAAAGGGUGAUGAAACAGAAAACGGCGGAGAGGGAGCGGAACAUGCCGAAGAGCAUCCAAUGGAAGAUAGGAAAGACUCCCAUCAGGCUGUAAUGAAUCCAGCGGAAAGCGCUGGAAGGGUAGACGAAAUUGCGCAAAUUGCAGAUUCACUAGACAUUAUUACACACCAUGAGGAGGAAGUUAAAGAUGGGGUCGAAUCUUUUGCGGCUGAAUCAGAGCCGUUAGAGAAAGUGGUUCAACCUUCAGAGGAAACGAAGUCUCCCGUCGUAAGAACAGAAAGUGGUACCGACACUCAAGAAAAAAUCACAGAAUCUGCAGAAAUCGCUGAAACAUCGGGAGAGACGGAGGUCGAAGGUUCUGAGGCCAGAGAAGGAUCAGGCGGAAAUGCAAUAAAUGCCGCAGUAACCGUAGAGAACGGGGAAAGUAAAAUAGGGGAUUCCACAAAUACCGACACGGAGAAUCCAACAGAAACCAACAAGGACGCUCCUACAGUGGAAGAUCAGUUAACAGAGGAUGGUACCACCGCGAGCAAAGAGGAUCACACCGCGGAAGUUCCCGCGGUGGCGGAGUAG